CCCGAGAAUGGCAGCGAAGAAAAGCUUUCUAAUCUUAGAGCAAUUUUGGGAUAUGAGAUACCGCGUGCUCGACUUGUUCAAAUUUUGGAGGCAUCCAACGGGUCACUGGAGCAUGCCAUCGAAAUUUAUUUUCAUCAAGAGAACCAAGAAAUGGAGCGCACCAAUGUAAAGGAUACGGAUGACGUGAAAGGAGAUUAYUCACCGCUAGAUCAGCACGAUUGUUCAUCCAAAAAUGAAAGGAAACCAGAGAUUUCCAAUCGCAAUGAAUACGAAGAUGUUGAGAGCGUAGCAGCGAAUAAAAAACGAAGUCAGACAAGAAUGGCAUYAAACCAUACAAAAAAAUCUCCAUCGAAACAGGCUCGAUUGGAUUCGUUUUUCCGCGUUGAUUCUGCGAAGGUUAUUGGUUCACUUAAACAACUCGGAAGGAAGGAUCUAACAGGGACUAUAGUCAAAAGAGAGACACUUGAARCAAUUCAAAACUCUGAUUUGGAGAACUUUAACAGAACGUACGAAGAGACAAUGGACAAAACACCAACUGCUGAAGAUACUGCAAAAACAAAAAUGUUUGCUCCUAAAGUAUGCAAUGACAACGACAUGAAAAAGGGGUGCCCCGAUGCUUGUUCAGACACGUCUUACGUCUCGUUUCGAAGACUUUGCGAGGCUUUGCAAGAAAUGACAGAUACUACAAAACGUCUUACAAAGCUCAAAGUGCUCGAAACAUUUAUUAGAGAAGUUGUUUACUCUGAUUCCACCGUUGACAAAAGGUGCAACAGAGGAGAAAGAAGCCAUGUCUCGAUGAGGGUGAAUACAUUAUCGUCGGCGUUGGGACUUAUGUUAGGAGGAGGUACAUCUUCACCACUGAAUAUCAGCGGUUCUGCAGUUUCUAAAGCACUACAAACCAGCCUAGGCAUUACACGAAAUCAAAUUUCGAAGGCAUACCGACACUAUGGUGAUCUCGGUGAUUGUGCUGCCAGCUUCUUUCAAAAGAAGACGCAUUUUUUGGUCACCUCAAAUGCUCGUCGCCAGUUAUCCAUUCUUCAGGUGACGGAGGUAAGUCAAAGUUGUCACCUGAUCUGAUGUAUUCUAAUUGAUUAUUUGCUCUAAACGCAUAUUUAUGACGACUGGCUAAUUUAUUUCAGGGUUUGAGCAAAGUCACYGAGACAACUGGAAGAGACGCAAAACAACAUGUUUUGCACUCUCUUCUACAAAGCUGUAAAAGCAAGAUAGAAUGUCGGUUUUUGGUUCGACUGCUAUUACGUAACAUGCGAAUUGGGGCGAAUAUUAAGACA